AUGGUGUUUGCCAUCAAAGAGAUUAAUGAAAAUCCCACUGUGUUGCCAAACAUCACUCUGGGCUUCAAGAUUUAUGACUGCUGCUACUCUGAGAUUCGAGCCUUGGAAGGUACUGUUUGGCUCUUGUCCCGACAGCAAGACAAAGACUCACCAUCCAGCUGUGGCAUUCGAUCACGGCCUUCUGCCAUUCUUGGUGCUUUACCUUCCAAGUCCUCUCUCCCAAUGGCCAGAAUUCUGGGCAUCUUCAGAUACCCUCAGAUCAGCUAUGGUUCUGCAUAUCCUUCUCUGAGUGACAAAACCCAGUUCCCCUCAUUUUUUAGGACUGUUCCAAGUGACAAGUUCCAGUCUAUUGCAAUUGCUCAGUUAGUGAAGUACUUUGACUGGCAAUGGAUUGGGAUACUAGCUUCACAAAAUGAUUUAGGUGAAAUGGGCAGUCAGGCACUGAAGACAGCAAUUGUUUCAAAUGGCAGAUGUGUUGCUUUCCUAGAAACCCUAGCAACCAAUAAUUUCAGAUGGAAGAUUCCUUAUCUCACUGAUGUAAUCAAGAAAUCGUCUGCAAAUGUGAUUGUCCUAUAUUCCACCAUUGAACCACUGAUUCCACUGCUUGAGGAAAUUACUUCAAAAGGGGUAACUGGAAAGGUUUGGAUUGGCACAACCUUUUGGUCCAUUUCUUCCGAUUUCUCAAAGCAAGAGAUUCUAAAAACUUUAAAUGGCUCAUUGGGAGUCGCUGUGCAGAGGGGUGAGAUAGCAAGAUUCAGGGAUUUCCUUUAUAAUAUCCAUCCUUAUAAGUUCCCAAAUGACAUCUUCAUUACUGAUUUCUGGGAGACUGCAUUUGGAUGCCAGUGGUCAAAAGUGAAUUCCACCAAAUCAGAGCUGGGAUCUGAAAUUAAACCUUGCACUGGGACAGAGAAGGUGGAUGAAAUAGACAACUCUUUGUUUGAUGCAUACAGUUUCAGAUUCACUUACAGUUCUUAUGUAGCAGCUCAUACAGUGGGACAAGCUUUACAAAGCAUGUUCUUCUGCAACUCCAAGGAGCAGUCACUUGGCAACGUGUCUUGUGAAAAUAUCCAUAAUGUUUUACCGUGGAAGCUGGUCCACUACUUAAAGUCAGUCCAUUUCACAACGACAGCAGGCCAUGAGAUAUAUUUUGAUGAGAAUGGAGAUAUCCCAGCAUCAUAUGACAUCUUAAACUGGCAGUUAUUUCCCAAUGGAACAAGCAGAUACUAUCAUGUUGGCAGGUUUGACACCAGCAGCCAUCCAGAAGGAGUCAUUGACAUUGAUGAUCGUGCAGUCUGGUGGAAUGGAGACUUCUCUGAGGUUCCACGCUCCGUCUGUAGUGAAAAUUGCCAACCUGGACACAGAAAAGCUGCAAGACGAGGUGAACCCAUUUGCUGCUUUGAUUGCAUCAUGUGUUCCAAAGGAGAGAUUGCCAACCGAUCUGAUGCUACAGGCUGUUUGAAGUGUCCAAAAGAACUAUGGUCUAAUGAUAGGCAAGACAAGUGCAUUCAGAAACUCACUGAAGUCCUUUCUUAUGAAGAUCCUCUGGGAGCAGUUCUAGCUGCCAUUAACUGUGCAUUUGGUGGCUUCACUAUUUCUAUUCUUUGUGUUUUUAUCCGGAACCAAGAGACACCAAUCGUCAGGGCUAAUAAUCGUGAACUCAGUUAUAUUCUCCUUCUUGCCCUUAUGAUGUGUUUUCUGUGUUCCUUGCUUUUCAUUGGGCAGCCCACAGGACUGACAUGUCUUCUUCGUCAACCAGCUUUUGGUGUUGUAUUUUCUCUUGCCAUUUCUUGUAUUCUUGCCAAAACAGUCAUUGUUAUUAUUGCCUUCAGGGCUACUCAACCAGGGAGCAAUUUAAGAAAAUGGCUGGGAACCAGAUUGCCAAGCUCUGUAGUAUUUGGUUGUACUUUAAUUCAGAUACUCCUUUGCAGUGGAUGGAUGAUUUUUUCUCCAUCUUUCCCUGAAUCAAAUAUGGAAUCAGGAGAAGGCACAAUCACUUUUCAAUGUAAUGAUGGUUCAGUGACUACAUUCUGGGGCAUGCUGGGAUAUAUGGGACUUCUUGCCAGUGUUAGUUUAAUUGUGGCCUUUCUUGCAAGGAAUUUGCCUGAUAAUUUCAAUGACGCAAAAUACAUUACUUUCAGCAUGCUUGUUUUUGCUAGUGUUUGGCUUUCUUUUAUCCCAGCAUACCUGAGCACAAAAGGCAGGUAUCCAGUGGCAGUUGAGGUAUUUGCAAUCCUGGCCUCUACUGCUGGAAUGCUCAUUUGCAUAUUUUUCCCAAAAUGUUACAUUAUUCUCCUGAGGCCAGAUUUGAACAAUAGAGAUAAAUUAAUGGAAUCUGUGAAAGUAACCAAUAAAACACUAAGAGAGAGCUCUCUGGUUGAGUUACGCCACUGA